AUGCCGGCAAGAUCGAAUGCUUUGGAUGUGUUGAAUCGCAGUGAAGGCCUAGCGCCCGGCCGGUUGGGCUACUGCCGCGCCUCAAUGUAUACGCGAGAGACGCUGCAACGAGCUCAGGUCGGUCAGGCGCGCCAUCAUUCGCUGCCGAAGAUGCCGGCCGACCAUGUCUAUGGCAAACCGUAUAACUCCGAGACAAAUGCUGUGGCCAAAUGCCUUGUCUGGCCGACACACAGCCCAUCUGGUCAGUCGGACAGGCGGCAAUUACCGAAAGACUUCAAACGUGUCAAUAUUGAGUCGACAAAAGCGGGCAUUCAUUAUGUCCCAGAGUGGAUUCGUUUCGCAAAGGAUAAAGACUUUCGAAUCAACCCUACACAACGCGCUCUUGGUCGAUUGCAUAAGUCAACAUUUCCAGCUGAAAUGUGCUUUGGCAAACCGACGAGACCAUCCACUCCAAUGGGUUGUCUGUUGGCGCACGCCUACAAAACAAACUGGGAUCAAUGGGCCUAUCGGUCAGUUUGA